AUGGAGAGAAGCGCCGUCUCCGCACGCAUUCGACUAACACACCCGAUCUGCCCUUCUCGACAUUUUCCUUCUCUUCAAUCACCCUUUCUCUUCCCUUCUUCUCACUCUUUAUCUCUCAAGCUUAGUCAAAAUCACGUUCCUCUCACUUCGCUCAGUCUUCUCGAAGCUCCUUCUCCUCUCAACCCUUCCGCCACUCUCUCUGAUUCCUACAGUGAAACGGUUGACUUAGCUGAUAUAGAAUGGGACAACCUUGGGUUUGGCCUUCAACCCACGGAUUAUAUGUAUAUCAUGAAAUGCGCUCGAGGUGGAACCUUCUCCAAAGGUGAACUCCAGCGUUUUGGUAACAUUGAGUUAAACCCCUCCGCCGGAAUUCUAAACUACGGCCAGGGAUUGUUUGAGGGUUUGAAAGCGUAUCGGAAACAAGAUGGGAAUAUACUCCUAUUCCGUCCGGAAGAAAAUGGUCUUCGGAUGCAGGUAGGGGCAGAGCGGAUGUGCAUGCCGUCGCCUACUGUGGAGCAGUUUGUGGAAGCUGUAAAGGAUACUGUUUUAGCAAACAAACGUUGGGUUCCCCCUCCAGGUAAAGGUUCAUUGUACAUUAGACCAUUGCUAAUGGGAAGUGGACCUGUACUUGGUCUUGCACCUUCUCCAGAGUACACCUUUCUAAUAUACGUUUCACCUGUUGGGAACUACUUUAAGGAAGGUUUGGCCCCGAUCAAUUUGAUUGUGGAAAAUGAAUUACAUCGUGCAACUCCUGGUGGCACCGGAGGUGUGAAGACCAUUGGAAACUAUGCUGCGGUUCUGAAGGCACAGUCAGAAGCAAAAGCUAAAGGCUACUCUGAUGUUUUAUACCUUGACUGUGUGCACAAAAGAUAUCUGGAGGAGGUUUCUUCCUGCAACAUUUUUGUUGUGAAGGGUAACGUUAUUUCAACUCCCGCUAUUAAAGGGACAAUCCUACCUGGCAUUACGCGCAAAAGUAUUAUUGAUGUUGCUCGAAGCCAAGGGUUCCAGGUUGAGGAGCGAUUCGUAUCAGUGGAUGAAUUGCUAGAUGCUGACGAGGUCUUCUGCACGGGAACGGCUGUGGUUGUGUCACCUGUUGGCAGUAUUACUUAUCUUGGCAAGAGGGUAUCAUAUGGGGAUGGUAUUGGCGUGGUUUCACAGCAACUUUAUACUGUCCUAACCAGAUUACAGAUGGGUCUUUCGGCGGAUGAGAUGAAUUGGACUGUUGAGCUGAGAUAAGCGCAAUAAGAAUUGUUCAAAGUUGCAUGUUUGGCUGAACACAUAAUUGCUUUUAACAUUUGCGAGCUCUAGAAGUUGCUUUUAUAAUUUUGCUAUCAGAUAUACAUACGAUUAGCUGUAGAUAGUACUGUGGUGUAUUUAAUGCUGUUGAAGGCUGUAACAUGCACAUGGUCGGCUCUUGCCAGCUGAAGAAAUAAUUUUUCAGUGGACUAUUUAUCUUUUUAUUGGUUGAAAAAUUUCUAGAUGCGUUAAUUGAC